UAAAUAUUGCAAACUAAAUGUUUAUUUUAUAACCUUAAUUGUAUCUCACUCGACGAUGUUGGACACCGUUAACGACAAGUGCAAUAGCCGGUUGUCCGAGGGAAGCAUUAGGCCCGGACGCAAUCCGUGUGAAAGGAGUCCGUCGGCUCAGCGGUCCGGGUGACCACUGAAGGAAGGUCGAUGGCAGCCCCGGGGACCAGCGAGGCGGCCGCUCCUGCUCGCCGAUCGUUCCGCGACUGCUGGGGCUGCCGGGUGGUGUGUGGGGGCGGCCUGGUGGCGGCCAGCGGCUACGUUUAUGCCUCGGCCCGCAGGGUGCUGCAGAAAGGGGGACCGACCCAGAUGGGCACCGUGGGCCAGAUCGUCUUCGCCCUGAGUCUGCUAUCUUUGGGUCUGGUAGUCAUAGCCGAUCCUGUCGACAAGUCUCACCCAAAGUAUAGAGGAGCACCAGGACCACAAAGCAACCGUCCAGCUGAAUCUUGACUGACCUCCUUGCUUCAGCAUCAAAGGGAAAGUCUGGACACUUCUCUGGAAAAAUUUCUCUUGGGGAGGGGGUGGGUGAAAAAAAGAACUCUUUCACACCACGGAAAGAACUUAUUUUCUAAAGGGCUGAGGUGCCCAGAUGUGUCGGGGUGGGGUGAUGUGCUAACUUGAAGUAAAUCUUUUAAUUUUACUUACCAUA